UACAUGGGAAACCGUUGAAACUUGACAGCUGAACAACAACUGCGCCUAAAAUGAGCUCAUUAGGAACAUAACAAACAUUUAAAGCCUGAUUGUUUUUCCAUAUCAGCAUGAAUUGAAACUGUCCGCCGCCCUGCUACAUCUGUGCAGUCGGUUUUUUGCGGACUAAAGGCUGUUUUACAGACACCAUCAUGUCGUUUCUGGUGGACUCAGUCAUCAUGUUCACCUCGCAGGUGCUGUUCUUUGGAUUUGGCUGGCUGUUCUUUAUGCGGCAGCUGUUCAAAGAUUAUGAGGUGCGACAGUAUAUUGUCCAGGUGGUUUUCUCUGUCACAUUUGCUUUUUCAUGUACCAUGUUUGAGCUCAUCAUCUUUGAGAUUCUGGGUGCCUUAAGUAGUAGUUCCAGGUAUUUCCACUGGAAGCUGAAUCUGUACGUGAUAUUACUGGUUCUAAUCUUUGUGGUGCCUUUCUACAUCGGUUACUUUGUUGUCAGCAACAUACGCCUGUUGCAGAGACAGAGGCUUCUCUUCGCUUGCAUGGUGUGGUUUACCUUCAUGUAUUUCUUCUGGAAGUUGGGAGACCCAUUCCCCAUCCUGAGUCCAAAACAUGGCAUCCUGUCCAUUGAGCAGCUAAUCAGUCGUGUUGGAGUGAUCGGAGUCACGCUCAUGGCUCUGUUGUCCGGGUUUGGUGCGGUCAACUGUCCCUACACGUACAUGUCCUAUUUCCUCAGAAAUGUAACAGACAGUGACAUUCUUGCUCUGGAGAGACGGCUGCUCCAGACUAUGGACAUGAUUGUCAGCAAGAAGAAACGAAUUGCCAUGACACGGAGGCAGAUGUAUCAGCGCGGGGAAGACCAGAACAAGCAGACAGGAUUCUGGGGAAUGAUCAAGAGUGUGACGUCCACACAAACAGGCAGCGAAAACCUCUCUCUGAUCCAGCAGGAAGUCGACGCUCUAGAGGAGCUGAGUCGACAGCUCUUUCUUGAGACUGUGGACCUGCAAGCCACCAAGGAGCGAAUUGAGUACUCAAAGACAUUCCAGGGGAAAUACUUCAACUUCCUGGGCUACUUCUUUUCCAUCUAUUGUGUUUGGAAAAUCUUCAUGGCCACUAUAAACAUUGUGUUUGAUCGAGUUGGAAAGACGGAUCCAGUGACAAGGGGCAUUGAAAUUACAGUGAACUACCUCGGCAUCCAGUUUGAUGUAAAGUUUUGGUCCCAACACAUCUCUUUCAUCUUGGUGGGAAUAAUCAUCGUUACAUCCAUUCGUGGCUUACUCAUCACCCUCACUAAGUUUUUCUAUGCAAUAUCAAGCAGCAAGUCCUCCAAUGUCAUCGUGCUUGUCCUCGCUCAGAUCAUGGGGAUGUAUUUUGUAUCAUCUGUGCUGCUGAUGCGUAUGAGCAUGCCGCUGGAGUAUCGCUCCAUUGUGACAGAAGUUCUGGGAGAGCUGCAGUUCAACUUCUACCACCGCUGGUUUGACGUCAUCUUCCUGGUCAGCGCCCUUUCCAGCAUCCUGUUCCUGUAUCUCGCCCACAAGCAGGCACCAGAGAAACACAUGGCGCUGUGAUUUCCUACAUCUCUUCCCACCUGGAUGUGACUCUUGAGCCCUGGGGUGAAUUUGAAUCUGGAACUUACGGAUAUCCAGAAGUCAAUUUUUUUUUUUUUAUAUGAGACAUAAUUAUAUGGACUGCCUGUUCCUGAAUCAGGAAUGACUAAUUGUUGGAUGCAAGUGAUGGGGAACUAUUGGGGCACAUGAGAAAACAACUUUGAAAGUGGACUCUCUUGAAUUAAAGUAUUUACGUAACAAACAGUACUAUUAGGAUUUAGGUUUACUCACAAAUGCAAACACUCUCUUCUCUGUGCUCUUAAAUUUUCUAUUUUUUGGCCAACACCAUCCUUACUUGCUUUUGUCUCAACACACUGGAGCUGUACGAUUCACAACACAUCCCUGCUUCGCUUUCACCGAAGUGUAAAAUGGACUAUAUAAAGGAAAGAUCACGCCAUCGCUGAUGAUGUCCGUCCUGGAGCACCUGUUAUUUUCAACAAAAUCUGUCAUUGAAUUGGGAACAAAAACAAAUACCCAUAAAGUAAGCUUAAUUCACAUAGUAUGUGUUCAUUUAUUUGUUAAUGGAAAAUAUCAUUCACAUAUUUCAUAAGUGGAAACAACACAUUUUAAUUAUUAGAACAUUAAAUAAAGGCAGCAGACUUUUCAUAGAGAAAAAACAUGAACUGUGUAUUUAUUGGCAACAUUAAUAGUGUUAGCUUAACUUCUGUUGGCUGUAGUUAUCUUGGUAACAUUGGUCAUCUCAGGUUUGGGAAAGACAUUACUCUGAUCAUUGCACAGGCUCACUUACGAGUAGAUCUACUCUUUGCACCAAAAGAAGACAAACAUAUUUAGGAGCAUGUUUUAUUCUCAGCCCUUUUAUACAUGAAAAUAUUCUCCUAUGAUUGUGACAUUGACAGUGAAUUUCAACAGUCUUUACUGUCCUUGUUUUGUUUUGUUUUUUUCCCCUCCAUCUCUUUGUCUCCUGUAAUAUUAGUUGGAUGUGUGAAUCCCUUAGAUCUGAUUGUUAAAAAAAAAAAUGGAUCAACAGUAGAUUAGAAGUAGAAGCGGCUCUUCAGGUGGCUUCUUAGAGCCUCUCAUCGAUACUGUCUUCAGAUGAAGAUGAUGAGGUCUAGAAGACAGAAAAUAA